GCCACGUUCACUGGAAUAUCACGCCAUAACGUCGAUGGAUCCGACACAGUCCAGCCAAAGCUGCUCGCUCCUGACGGGCUCCUCAGCAGCACGGGGGCUGAAACCCUCCCCGGUGCCCAUUCUGCCCCCUCCGUCAUCAGUCUGCCCCACAGCACGACCCUCAAACCCCCCUGCCAUCAGCGCUGCCCAGGCCUUAGCGCCGACUGUCCACAAACAAGGCCGUCCAGCAACCGUCUUGGUCAGCAUCAGCCGACCAAGACCUACGGCCAGAUCUGUGAACCCUCCGUCUGUCCUGCCUGUAAUACCGGUGGCGACGAACCCUGCCAACCUGUCGCGCUCCCCUACAGAGCCGCUACAGGGGCGGCGCAGCCCACAGAGCCCACGGAACAAACCGCUGACCCUCCCCGGUCUGCCUGCGCAGCCGAGUCGGAGUACGAACGCGCCCUCUAGUCUUAAGCCGAAUCGGUCCGGCACUCCGUCCGUUCCAGUCCCCCCACACAGUCAAAGCUCAGACUCCAUCGUCAUAAGCCCCGGCAGCGCUGAGAACAAACCUCCGUCCAAGAGAGCCUGCAGCGAGGACGGAGACUUUAGAGUUGAAAUCGCCACGUGGAACGUGGGCUCGGCGAUGCCCCCCGACGACAUCAGCAGCCUGUUCAGCCCGGGAGCCUGUGACGGGAGCACGGACAUGUUUAUCGUCGGCCUGCAGGAGGUGAACUGUAUGAUCAAUAAGAGGCUGAAGGACGCCCUGUUCGUUGACCAGUGGAGCGAGCUGUGCAUGGACACGCUCGGACGCCUCGGACACGUGCUGGUGGCGUCUCAGAGGAUGCACGGCGUUCUGCUGCUGGUCUUCUCCAAAUUUUGCCACCUGCCGUUCCUGCGUGGGAUUCAAACCCAGAGCACUCGGACCGGCCUCGGCGGCUGCUGGGGUAAUAAGGGCGGGGUCAGUGCGAGGAUGAUGGUGUACGGUCACCCCGUGUGCUUUCUGAACUGCCACCUGCCGGCACACAUGAGGAACCUGGAGCAGCGAGUCGAGGACUUCGAGAGCAUCCUGCAGCAGCAGCAGUUUGAGGGCGGGGCCGCCGUGGGCGUCCUGGAUCACGAUGUCGUGUUCUGGUUCGGUGACCUGAACUUCCGAAUCGAUGACUACGAUAUCCACGUGGUGAAAAGCGCCAUAGAGAACCGAAAACUCUCUCUGCUGUGGGAGAAGGAUCAGCUCAACAUAGCGAAGACCAGCGAGUCCGUUUUCGAGGGGUUCAUAGAGGGUCCGCUUCAUUUCCCCCCCACCUACAAGUUCGACGUGGGGACGCACACCUACGACACGAGCGCGAAAAAGCGAAAGCCUGCGUGGACCGACCGCAUCCUGUGGCGUCUGAGGAAGACGGGGUCACCGCUGCCGUCCCACAGCGCCUGCCUGCAGCGGGGUCUCACAUCGUGGCUGGGCGGAAUCACCAGGGUGUCGCAGCACUUUUACCGCAGUCACAUGGUCUUCACCGUCAGCGACCACAAGCCGGUGUCGGCGCUCUUCUCUCUGCACUUUCCCUUUAAAGUGGACCUGCCGCUGGUCAAACUGGAGGUGGAGAAGGAGUGGACCAAAGUAUCGGACGCCACAGCCAGGUUCACCGCGGCCUCGGGAUACCAGAGGAGCUCGUGGGACUGGGUGGGGCUGUAUAAAAUGGGAUUUAAACACCACAAGGACUACGCCGCCCACGUCUUGGCGAAGUCAGACCAUUCCACUCAGGUGACUUUUCCGGAGGAGGAUUUACCCCGAGAGGCGGGAGAGUACAUCCUGGGUUAUUACAGCCACAACAUGAACAGCAUUGUGGGAAUUACUGAGCCGUUCCAGGUACACUUACCGGUCAUCACCCCCCCUGCCCCGCCCCGUCCGUCCCGCUCGGACAGCUCGGACGCGAGUUCGGAGGACGACAGCACCCUCGUCCUUCUGACCACCAGCUCGCGCAGCCCCAGUCCCGGCACGCGCUCCAACAAACGGCACAACCGCCACCACCGCAGUCGCAGCCCGGCCGUCCCCGCCCUGCAGUCCCUCAGCCUGAAACCCAAAGAUCCGACCCCUGUUUCCCCCCGCCAGCCUGCAAACGCCAAGAAGGAGCGUCUGUUCUCUCCCGACUCGCCCUUGCUCAGCCCGCUGAGCCCGGCUAACGGCAUCAGCGCCCCCGAAGCGCUGGUCGUUGCCAUCCUGGGGGAACACAGACCCCCGCAGAGCCAGAUACAAGCCAAGACUGGUAAGGACUCUACCCGAUGACCUUCGAGGAUCUGAUUCACAGCUGUAUCAAACUUAUAGAUAUAUAUAAAUAUAAUUAUUUUGCCAUGUGUGAGGGUCAUAGUUUGGACUAAAUGUAGCUCUGACCCGCCGCUUUCUCUGAUGUCGUACAGAUUAGCUUUCUGCAGAUUUAUCUCUGGAAAAAUGAGCCAAUUCUGACCUUCCUUCCGCCCGAAACGCCCCCAAACCACCACUGUAUGUCGCCCAUCAUUCACCAUCCGCCAUGUGGGUCUGUCUGGAAACCUAGUGACCCGCCCUGCGCCCCACUACCUACCUGAUCAGCUGCCUCAGUAGAGAGGAUUCUAAUAACACAUGGAGAUCAUACGGCAUCAUUUAGACUCCGAUUAUGCCAUUGCAGUUUUAGCUUACUAAGCUAACACAGUAAGUCUCAGGAUGUUCAAAUCGAUAGGCUGAGGUGGCACAACCCGCUAGCACGGCAGCUAACGUCUCCCUCCGUGUACCGAAAACAGUUAAACUGUCCCUGAAGCCCGAAUUUACAAAUAUAAUUAUAAUUACACCCUUAUAAUUACACUUUUAUGCAAAUUAAACAUCAAUAAGAAUUGAUUUACAUUUGAAAGGAACUCUGUUGGUUGCUCCGCAUUCAUGAGUAAAGUCGUGCCGCACUGAAUGCUGGGAUUGAUUUUCAGCGCUGAGGAGGCGUCGGACGCUCCCUCGUCAUUCAGUCAGAUCAUCACUCAUAAUUAAGGCGCCUCAGUAGGAGCAUUUUAAGGAAUCUAAGAAUUUAGACACGCCCUCUUCUCGGGAGUGUAGGACGACGUAAAAUGCGUCUGUGUAAAGAGAGAGCCAAGUUUUCAGACAGACCCUGUGUCUGAGUUUUGCAUGUUUUCCCUCUGUCUGCAUGGUUGUCCUCCUGCUUCUCUUAAAACAUGCGGAAGGCAGACUGGCUUCUUUAAACUGAAUCAAAAUGAAUGGAAAAUAACACUGUGGGAUGUAAAUAAGAGGGAUGGGAGCCUGCUAUUUUGAGCAAAUGAUGCCACAUGACUUGUACGUCAUAUCCAGUUCCCCUCUGUGAAUCUGUGCCCCUUGCACAAUUCUGCGACUACUACUUAUCACCUGUCAAGGUUGGGUUCUCACACAGAACCACGCUAAGCUCCCUGUUACAUGCCCCCCCCCAACACUCGCCCAGGUGCCCAGACCAGUUCCAGAAACGCCGUCCCACCUUCCCCCUCCUCAAACACGGCCCGGUUGUGUAUGUGUGGAUGCUCGGUCAGGUCGGCAGCUCUGCUGAGAUGUGUUCCCUUGCUCAUUCCACAUCAUGUUCAGGAUUUCUGCAUUGAAGAAGCAGAUGGGAACAAAAAUAUGCCUUAUAAAUUGUGAAGCAUUUAAAUGUAGGUGUCGAAAAUGACAAUCAUUAAGCGUUCACACUGACGUCAAUGCUUUUUUGCUGUACUGUACAUGUGUAGAUAUAACUAUAUAUGACAAAUAAAGCCAUUCCAUCUGCCCUGAA